AUGAGCCACAGAGCGGACGAUGUGUCUCUGGGAGAGCGCAUGAGGAUGUCUUUUGGUGGCGGGCCGUGGAGGGGCUGUGCUCCGGGGGGCCGGGGCUCCGGGGGGUCCGGACGGUGCUGUGAGAAGUGCUCUGCGGCUCUUGUUGCUCUGAAGAAACAGGCUCUGAGUCUGGCUGUGCACCAUCACUUCUCCUGCCAGGACACCAGUGACCUGUCAGUCUUUCUGCAUGAGCACAUUCGUGUCCACAGUCGUCUCAACACAGAGUCCAGGGACAGAGACAGGGAGCUGGGUCAGUGCGGAUCCUGCGGCACCAACCCGGACCAGCUGAAGCAGGAGGCCAUCCACCUGGCUCUGAGCCGCGGCCGCUCGAUGGCUAAACCUUUGUUUGAAGCCAGCCCUGGGGCCGGAGCAGUGCUAGGACAGAGUGAGACCAAGCGUGGAGACAAUGUCUCAAGGGAUGCUGGGCAUCAACCUCACAGUCCUCGUGUCCCGCAGAGCCCCAGGACGCCUCAAAGGACUCCCCACACCCUAAGACGGAGAGGGCCCAAGCUCCCCAACCCUGACAUGGACCGCUGGGUGGAGGAGCAGCAGCAGCUGGUGGCCUCCACGUCUGGGUCCAGUGCAGAUGGUGUCACCCUACAUUCCUACCAUAAGGCUGCAGAUGGUGCCACGCUGAGCUGUGGUGACACCGGGACGCUACAGACGAGCUCCAAGAUCUCCAGAGUAGUGACCAUCGCCAACACAGCUGCCAUGUCUCUGCUGGCCAGGGCGGCUGAGAAGCUCAACAUGACAUUGAGGAAAAAGGAUCAGACUUCUGAUCCAGCUCCCUCCAAUCUCUCCACCUGCUUCAGGGAGAUCAUCCAGAAAAACCCACCUCCGGUCCCCUCCUGCCUGCUGCAAGCUGCUGCCAGGACUAAAGACUCACCCGAUGUGCUGAAGGUCAAAGUCGUGCUGAGGGUGAGCCGACUGCUGUCAGAGAGCCAAUGUCAACCGCCGGUGCUCCGGAUCGACCCAUCCAAGAAAAGAGUCACUAUAAUUGAACCAGUCACCAAAAAUCUACCUCACUCCACACUGACAUUGGGACGGGAAAGCAAAAGUCCACUAAAGACCUUCAACUUUGAUACAGCCUAUUCUCAAGAUUCAGGACAGGCCGAGGUGUGCGCAGGCAUCCUGUCUGAUGUCAUCCGCUGUGUCCUCAGUGGCAGCGAUGGAUGCGUUUUGGGUUUGGGAUGUGCCGAUGUGGGAUCCUGGUCCAGCAUGGUGGGCAGCAGUGAGAACAUCCAGAAGCUCGGCCUGAUUCCCUGUGCCAUCUCCUGGCUGUACAGCGCCAUUGAGCGGCGCCGUGAGAGGACCUGGACCGAUCUGACUGUGUCGGUGUCGGCUAUAGAGCUGUGCUGUGGCGAGGAGGAUACACUUAGGGAUCUGCUGGGGGAGGUGGCCCCCUCAUCGGGCAGCACCCAGAACAGCCCAAAGGCCCACAUCAGAGUGCAAGAGGACUCCGUUUGUGGGAUUCAGGUCCAGAGAAGUUCAAGGGGUACCACUAAGUUGACUAUGAUCGAUGUGUGUAGUGGUAUGAGGGGUGUGAGCAAAAAUGCCUCCCCCCAUUCUGAGCUGGGUCCCAUCAUCUUGUCUCUCCUGAGCAGUCAUAAAUCUGUCCCCAGCAAGGCUAGUAAAUUGUCGUUGCUCCUUCGAGAGUCCAUGGCUCAUCCAAACUGCCACGUUGCUGUGAUCGCUCAGGUCGCCGACUCCCUGGCACAACUCCACGAGAGCUUCUCUACAAUCCAGCUGGCUUCUCGCAUCCGCAGAACACAAAAGAGAACAAAGCAAUCUGCGUCAUGCUCUCCCUGUGGGAGGAGUCUGACCAAAGAGAAAAGAGGGCCUCAGUCGUUGUCCCUACGAGCCUUCCACUCCACCGAAGAGGUAGAUGUCGAUUUCCGUCCUUUCCGCCUACGUGGUCAGAUGGAUCGUUCCAGUAGUGACCAGUCCUGUGACACCGUCAUCCAAAUUAAUUCAGAUGGUUCGGCCCAUUCUAAAGGAGCCCCAGUGCUGACACAACCCAAGUUUCUUCCUAUCAUACCUUCUUUGCAUCCCAGUAAGGCUGACAUGGAUGAUCCAGAGUUUGCAGCUCUUCUAGAAGAGCUUCUAAGAAUUCCUCAGCUGCAUAGAGAAAAGAAGACAGAGGAAUCUGUGCAGGCAGAUGUUGAAGCUCUGAAAGCAGAGCGGAAACAGCCAGAGAGAGAUUGUCUGAAGUGCGAUACAUUUGCUGAACUUCAAGAACGUUUAGGAUGUAUUGAUGGGAGUGAGGUGACCAUGGAUGUGCUUAAAUCUUCUUUAAAAGGCACUUCUCUUAAAAAUAAUAUUAUCAAAUCAGAGCAUCAAAAAGAAGCAUCCAAAGCACCACAAACAUUGUUGAACAUGGGGGUGAAGCAAAUAGAUGGUGCUCACCCUGGAGAUGGUAUCCAGAGAGAGGACUCUGGUCUGUUUGACUGUGAGGAGUGCAGUGCAACCAGUUCCAGCGAGGAACUGCUGAAUCAAGCUCUGGGUCUGAGUAUGACUUGCCGUUCUGAGCUUCCCAACAAUAGACCUAUCAAGUCAAGUAAUAAUUUCCCCUCCAAGGGCUUUUCAGAGGACUCUCAGGGAAAGACAGUCACCAGUUCCUCUGCACUUCAGCCUUCAGAAAAACAGGAGGGUCGUGAAUCUGCUGACUGGCUCAAAUCUGACAAGAGAGCUUCACCAGUUGGCAAAAGCUCCCCCAUAUCUACUGCCUCCACUUGUUCCUCUUCACAGCCCUUGGCUAAAAGCGUUAGAAUUGGUGAUGUCUUACCAAAUUGCACCACAGAGGAUGUUAAGGAAAUGAAGGCAACUAUCACUGUGACUGUUCAGCAACCCCUGGAUCAGAUGGGUCAAGAUGAACUUGUCUUCUCUAUGGUUGAGGAGGUGACCAUCAGUGGAGCGUAUGACAGAGGGAACACAAGCAGGAACAUUAUUUGUAUCAGAGACCCUGUGCAGCCCCAAGUACAUGGACAAAGCUCUGCUUGCUCUCAACCAAUCAGGAUAAUCAGUGAUGUUAGCGACGACUCUUCCGCUGCUGCUUCUUCUGUUGGUCAGUCUGUAGGCACAGAUGCAAACAACGAAAAGAGCCAAAAUCAAUUCAAAAGAGACAAAGGACUGCUCCCUUCAUUUAUAAAUCCGAUGCUGAUUAACACAGAUACGGACUGUGGUUUGAAUGGUGACAAGGAAAAGGAUACUCCACGGAAAAACUUUAAAGACAUGAAGUUAGAGCCAGAGCCUAAAAUUAAUACUGUCAAAUAUCAAGAGGGCAAGAAUAAUACUGAGAAACAAAAUGAAACUUUAACUUCAGAGACAAAUCAUGUUAAGAAGUCAUGUAAAGUGUACUGCCCUUCUUGUACUCAAGUUUCUUUUGAGGCUACAGUCUUGAAAGAUAAAGGAUACUGCAAAAAGUCUGGAGAAAACAACAUGUGUGAAAAGAGACAUGAAAAUACAGACAAAGAUCACCCUAGACAAUGUGAGCAUAUUUGUUCUUCUAACCAUCAGAGAGUCUCAGAGGGGGGGAAAAUUGCUUGCAGCCAUGUUGGAAACAUCCCCCAGAGGACUGGUGCUGCACCUGGUUGCCAAGACAUCAUCCCUGCAUCUUGUGAAACAGGCAAUUUACUACAAGGCUGGCAAAAUCCCAACCACCAAGACAACCACUCGAGGGAGGUGACAUCAUCUAUUCCAUGUAGCCCAAGGGGAACUUUGGAGAGGAGGCCUACUGCACACCACAACGUUUACACCUCAUCUUCUUCUCCAAAACUCAUGAAUAAGUUCAAACAUGAUUCAAGCAGUUCUCACAGAAAGGUCUCAGGAUUGAUACAGGCCCCAAGUCCAACAGGGAAACAUGACAGUACAAGUAGUAGGCUAAAGUCUCCUGCUGAGAAAAGUAGCAGGCUCUUCAGUUCCAAAUUAGAGCAGCUGGCUAGUAGGACUAAUUCCCUUGGAAGGACCCCAAGUGAUUUUCCAACUCUGGAAAGAGGCAAUAGCAACACCUCCAUGAGCUCUAAGGGAAGCUCUAUGGGAAGCGUUGAAGCAGGUUGUAAAGUUAGGCAUAAAAAACAUUAUGAGGGAGAUUGUACCUUUCCAAGGGCCAACCGCAGUCCCAGAAGAAAUCCCCACUCUGACCAUCACUUUUUCCAUUUUGAAAAUCCCGUACCCCAAUCUUCUAAAAGCACUCGUUCAAAGCUUUCCGCUGUUGGAAAACUUAAGAUGGGAAGUCCCAAAGCGCGUCGACUGUCUGCCUCCAGCAUCAAGAACCUCAGCCAGUUUAACAAAAGUCUGCAACUGUCCACUCGUAGCGCCAGUCUUUCACCAGACUGCAAAACCGUUAGCUUUGAGCGGACCUCCUCCUUCUUUUCCUCUUCCCCACCACUAUCUUAUCGCUCCAUCAGCCGGACUCCAAGUCAGAGCUCCACCUGCUCCUCUACAAAGUCUGCCAUUCAGGGAUUUGUCAAUGGUCGGAUCUCAGACCUUCUUAGGGACAGGUCCUCCAGCCCCACCUCAACAGGAUUGGAUCAGAUGACUUCUCUGCCCUCCCCAUACAGCCAAGUGACUGCUCCCCGCCUCCCUGAUAACCUGAACGGGCAUGCCAGUGACACCACCAGUAUUCUGAGUGGAGAUCUGCCUCCAGCCAUGGGAAAAACGUCCCUGCAUUUCUCUAACCGGAGCAGUAUGGUGAGCAGUGGUUAUGGCAGCAUGGUGAGGGACAGCGAAGCUGCAGGCAGGUCCAACCGAGAGUCCGUCAGCGACCGGAGCGGCUCGCCACUCAGUGUGGCCCGCAGCAGCCGAUCAUCUCGCAGGAGAGGAAACACAGGUUCCCACCAGCGUCAUCUUUCCCAUGAUGCCCCUGGCUCGAUGAAGCGCUCUGCUAGCAGCCAGAGGUCUCGCUGGAUGGAUCAGGGGAUUCCAGAGGCCUACGACAUUAAAGUGUAUGAAAUCGACAACAUGCAAAGGCUGCAGAAAAGAGCAGGUACUGGCGGCUGGGACCCUGCAUGCUUCAGCGCCAAGCUGCAGUUUUUGGAACAGCUUCAGCCGAAGACCUCCGAGGUCCGUGUCAAAUGCAACAACCAGAGGAGAGAGGUGGAGUGGAUCCAACACAGCCUCACGCUGGAGACGGACAAGUGGAUCCCAGAGGUCGACCUGUGGCAGAUAUUCAAGGUGGACUUCGAGGAGCUUCUGGAGGUCAUUGAAGAGGUGGCAGCUCCGCUGGAGGACAGGGUUAUCUUCUGCGAGGCUAACUUCACGAUGGUCACCUACUUUGACACUUCCACCAUGAAGCAGAACAAGAGGAGACAAAGAAAUAUGCAGAAAACCUAUAAACUAUUUUAAGAUAGACAUUCAGUAGUUAAAAAAAGACUUGUCUAAUUUUUAUUUCAUUUUAAUGUACAGUUUGUUCACUGUGAGGUGAAACAUUUCUGA